UUCGUUUUUCAGUAUCAACACCAGGCUUGCUUUUAGCGACAUAACCAUAGUUUUUUGGUUCAUCGGAAAAUUCGAAAUGGAUCAAACAACGCCCUUAUCGUCGAAUCUAUAGCCUUUUCAAAGCCAUCAGCGAGCAAUCAAGCAUGGUCAAGCAGGAGAGCGCGGUUCGCACCGUUCUAGAACCACUGGCUCACUUUGACCUAUCGUCAACCCAAACCCAAACGUCGAUCCGAUCUCUUGCGGUCUCCACAGUCUCCAAUUCGCAGACCCUAAUUUAUGUCGGUACCGAGUCAGGUUCGCUUCUUUUGCUAUCCUCAAACCCUGAGGACACAAGCAAGGAGGAGCCCGCUCCCGAUGUGCCCCAAAAGAACAAGCCUGGUCCAGGAACCGUUUCGUUUAUACGGAGUGUUUCAGUAGGCGAGUCAUCGGUGGAGUCCGUGAUCGUACUUCGCGAGAUUGGGAAAGUUCUAGUGCUUUGCGAUGGCUACUUGCAUUUGGUGGAUGCUCUUUUGGGGCAAUCGGUGAAGAGAUUGAGUUCGGUGAAGGGAGUAAGUGCCAUUGCAAAGAGAGUGCGAAGCAGUGAAACGGAGAGUUCGAAUUUAUGGGAGACUUUCGAUAUUGCAAAGGAUAAUUCUUAUUCAAGUACUAGCCAGCGUAUUUUGCAGAAAUUGGGGGGCGGAAUUAGGGCAAACGGAACUAUAGUUAAAGAACAUGUGCAGCAAAGUGAAGGCAAUUAUGUUUUCUCAAUUGUGAUUGGUAAAAGAUUGCUUUUGAUAGAGCUUGUUUUGGGCAAUAGAGCUGGGAAGAGUGACCGAGAAGUUGAUGAUGUGGAUUCGGCUUUUGUAAUUUUGAAGGAAAUUCAAUGCAUUGAUGGGGUUAAGUCAAUGGUUUGGCUUAACGAUUCUGUAAUUGUUGGUACAUCAAACGGCUAUAGCUUGUUUUCUUGUGUAACUGGACAAAGUGGAGUGAUAUUUUCGUUACCGGAUGUUUCAAGUCAUACGCUGCUUAAAUUGUUGUGGAAGGAGAGGAAGGUGCUACUGUUGGUGGACAAUGUAGGGGUGGUUGUGGAUAGUCAUGGACAACCGAUUGGUGGAAGCUUGGUUUUCUACAUGACUCCAAAUUCAAUUGGUGAAUUGUCUUUAUAUGCCAUAGUUGUGGGGGAUGGGAAGAUGGAGUUGUAUCAUAAGAAAUCAGGGAAUACUAUUCAAACAAUUACUUUUGGUGGGGAAGGAGUUGGGCCAUGUAUUGUUGCUGAUGAAGAAGAUGGGGGUGGGAAGCUUGUUGUGGUGGCUACGGCUACCAAGGUUAUUUGCUAUCGGAAAGUACCUUCUGAAGAACAAAUCAAAGAUCUUUUAAGAAAGAAAGACUUUAAGGAAGCCAUCUCCCUGGUUCAGGAGCUUGAGUGUGAAGGUGAAAUGUCAAAAGAAAUGCUCUCCUUUGUCCAUGCCCAAGUGGGAUACCUUUUGCUUUUUGACUUGCAUUUUGAAGAAGCAGUGGACCACUUCCUGCAGUCCGAAACAAUGCAGCCUUCUGAAGUGUUUCCUUUUAUAAUGCGAGACCCCAGUCGCUGGUCGCUGCUGGUUCCUAGAAACCGGUAUUGGGGUUUGCAUCCUCCCCCUGCUCCUCUUGAAGAUGUUGUGGAUGAUGGCUUAAUGGCAAUACAGAGAGCUAUUUUCCUCAAAAAAGCAGGCGUCGAAACUGCAGUAGAUGAUGAGUUUCUAUUGAAUCCACCAAAUAGAGCUGAAUUACUGGAGCUGGCAAUCAAAAACAUUAUUAGGUAUCUAAAAGUCUCUCGUGAGACAGAAUUGACUUCUUCGGUGAGGGAAGGGGUUGACACACUUUUAAUGUACCUCUAUAGAGCGCUAAAUCUCGUUGAUGAUAUGGAGAAGCUAGCUUCAUCAGGAAACAGUUGUGUUGUGGAGGAGUUGGAAACGUUGUUAGAUGACUCUGGACAUUUACGGACGCUUGCUUUCCUCUAUUCAUGUAAAGGGAGGAGCUCAAAGGCUCUUUCCAUUUGGCGAAUUUUGGCAAGAAACUAUUCAUCUGGUCUAUGGAAAGACCCUGCUUUGGGGACUGGCCUACAGGAUGGCAAUACAAAUGUUCUAUCUGGUAGGGAUGUUGCUGCAGCCGAGGCAUCAAAAAUUCUGGAGGAGUCAUCUGAUCAGGAUUUGGUUUUGCAACAUCUUGGAUGGAUUGCGGACAUUAACCCGGUACUAGCGGUAAAAAUUUUGACAUCAGAGAAGAGAUUGAUUCAACUUUCCCCUGAUGAAGUCGUUGCAGCCAUCGACUCUAAAAAGGUUGAAAUUCUACAGAGGUACCUCCAGUGGUUGAUUGAAGAUCAAGACUCAAAUGACACUCAGUUGCAUACGUUAUAUGCACUCUCACUUGCCAAAUCAGCAGUUGAAUCCUUUGAAGCAGACACCAUAUCUCAAGACGCUGGAGGAAACUCUAUUUUUCAGUGUCCUGUACGGGAAAGAUUGCAGAUAUUCUUACAGUCUUCAGACUUGUAUGAUCCAGAAGAGGUGCUUGACUUGAUUGAAGGAUCAGAAUUAUGGUUAGAAAAGGCUAUACUUUACCGGAAAUCAGGGCAAGAGACGUUGGUUCUUCAAAUAUUGGCCUUGAAGUUAGAGGACAGUGAAGCUGCUGAGCAAUAUUGUGCAGAGAUUGGCAGACCAGAUGCCUAUAUGCAGUUGCUUGACAUGUAUUUAGAUCCGCAAAAUGGUAAGGAGCCUAUGUUUAAAGCUGCAGUUCGCCUUCUCCACAAUCAUGGAGAAUCACUCGAUCCAUUGCAAGUUCUAGAGACCUUGUCCCCAGAUAUGCCUCUUCAGCUCGCCUCAGAUACGAUAUUAAGAAUGUUUAGGGCUCGGAUCCAUCAUCAUCGUCAAGGACAAAUUGUGCACAAUUUAUCCCAUGCUAUUGAUGUUGACACAAGGCUAGCAAGAAUGGAGGAAAGAUCACGACACGUACAGAUAAAUGAUGAGAGCCUAUGUGAUUCUUGCCAUGCUCGCCUUGGAACUAAAUUGUUUGCUAUGUACCCAGAUGAUACUGUCGUCUGUUACAAGUGUUUCCGUCGUCAGGGCGAGUCCACUUCUGUUACCGGCCACGACUUCAGGCGAGAUAUCUUAUUCAAACCAGGUUGGCUCGUGACCAGAUAGGCCAUAGAUACUCAUGGAAGUUGAGAUUAUAACAUGUAUCCAUGCCACUUCCUGCAAUCCUGUCCGCGCAGUAACUAUUGAUGUUCAUCUUCUACUCCAACUGAGAAUGAGCAUGUCUUGAAUGUAAUUGUCGUGCAGUUUUGGUUUAGGCUUGUUUCUCAACCAGGUGAGUGUGUGUAAUAUUUUCUGAUUAUGCCAGUGACAGAUAGAGCCAUUUUAAGAUUUUACAAGAAAUUUUCCUAAUAAUUAUAUCUGAUAUGUAAAAAUUAAAGGUUUGUUGUGGAAUCGUUACCAUGCCGUUAACAUUAAAGAAAUUGCAUUUAUAGUCA